CGGGUGUGAAAUAAAAUACCAGACUGUUCCGGGAAUCAGCUGUAGGAGUGAAACUGUUUUCGAUGUUUCUGCUUUACGGUGGGCUACAGGACUGGAUAAUAUCUCUGAACAUGCUGUUUGAUCAUGUUGCGUCCCGAUGCUGACGUAGCUGAGGAGGAUGUGAGGAGAUGUUUGUUUCUCUGUGAGCUGUGAGCUGAAGACGUGCUGAAGAUGCCUGCGGUGUCGACGGGGGUGAAGGAACUCUACCUGUCCACUUCACUGGGAGAUCUGAACAAGAAGGCCGAGAUUAAACCUGAUAAAGUCAGCACCCGACAUUAUGUUCAGAGUGCAUGUAAAAUCUUCAAAGCGGCAGAGGAGUGCCGUUUGGACCGGGACGAGGAGAAAGCCUACGUCCUCUAUAUGAAAUACCUGACUGUGUACGACCUCAUCAAAAAGAGACCAGACUUCAAACAGCAGCAGGAUUUCUACCUGUCCAUCCUCGGGCCGACAAGCUUUAAGAAGGCGAUUGAGGAGGCGGAGAAACUGUCAGAGAGUUUAAAGCUCAGGUAUGAGGAGGUAGAGGUACGGAAGAAGCUGGAGGAGAGAGACAGGAGGGAGGAGAGAGAGAGAGAGAGACGGGAGGAGAGGGCGAGAGCAGAGGAGAGAGACGGAGGCCGAGCUUCACCUAAAGCAGCAGAAAACAGGAGAGACAGUAAAAAGGCUAAAGGGGAACAGAAUGACCUGAAGAGUGCGCCCUCUACAGCGCCCCCUAGUGGAGGUAUUACUGCGAAGCAGCUGUAUAAUAUGAUGCUGGACUCCAGCAUGAGUGUGCUGGUGAUGGAUGCUCGUAAACUGGCAGACUUUGAGGAGUCACACAUGAUGGUUCAAGGUCAAAAGUGUAUCACUGUUCCGGAGGAGGCCAUCAGCCCUGGUAUGACGGUGAAUCAGAUUGAGUUGAAGUUGCCAGCUGCAUCCCUGCCGCUGUGGAAGCAGCGGGGCAGUGUGGACUACAUUGUCCUGCUGGACUGGUUCAGCUGUGUGUCUGACCUGAAGCUGGGCACCACCCUGCUGAGCCUGAAGGAGGCGCUCUUUAAGUGGGACAGUAUUACUAUCCUGCGCAGUGAGCCGAUGGUGCUGGAGGGCGGAUAUGAGAACUGGCUGCUCUUUUACCCGAUGUUCACCACUAACGCUAAAGUUAAACCCCCGAGACAAAACACACUCAGCACACUACCACAAUUGAAUUUCAGUUACCCGUGUUUGGAGGAGCCGCUGGCUGAGAACGUGACUGUGAAGGACGAAGUAGACGAGGCUGCGAGCGUGCAGGUUAAUGGAAAAGUCUCAGAAGAGGUCUCGCACACCGAGCCUGCUGGACCCACUACACACACUCCCACUCCCACUCACACACCCACUCGCACACCCACCCAGACCCCCACUCACACCCCCUCAGCACAGCCUGCAGCCAGCGUGGUCACUCCAUCCACUGCCCAACAGCCUGCGGCCACAGCGAAAACCAUUCCACAGUUCGACCGCACCAAAAAGCCAGCAGUUAUAGUCUCAGAUGGCGGUAAAGCGAGUGAGGAGGGCGGGGCUAAGGACGUUCCUGUGUCCGCGGCGACGAAUGGGCCGGUGAUACCAGAUCGGUCAGCCAAACCGUCUCUGGAAGCCACCAGUGCUCCGAAAGAGCAGGAGAAUAGAGGGAGUGAAGGAGAGGUGGAGAGAAGAAGGAGAGAACAGCAGGAGGAGGAGACGAGGAGAGAGAGGGAUAGAGAGAGGGAGGAGGCGGAGAAGCGACAGAGAGAAGAGAGGGAGCGGAGGAGAGGAGAGGAGGAGCAGAAACAGGAGCAGAGGAAGCUGGAGCGACAGAAGGCUGAGGAGGAGGAGGAGGAAGGCGAGGAGAGAGGGAGGAGAGGAGCGAAGGAGGCGCUGGACACUCAGAUAAAGAGCAUGUCUCUGGACUCUCCUCUGCCGAACUCCACUGUCUCUGAGAUAAAGAGGGAGCCUCUGACUCGCGCUCGUAGUGAGGAGAUGGGAAGGACAGUGCCUGGACUACCUGAGGGAUGGAUGAAGUUUCUGGAUAUCGUCACCGGGACAUACAGGUAUUACCACUCUCCAACCAACCGGGUGCACCUGUAUCCCCCGGAGGUGAGUGUGCCCCAGACUCCCCCAGCCACGCCCCCCAUGCCCAAACAGAAGCCCCCCCGCCCCGGAGCCUCGGAGAAGGAGAAGGAGAAAGAGAAGGAGCGAGAGAGGGAGAGAGAGAGAGAGCAGUCCAAACUCAAACGUUCGUACUCUUCCCCCGACAUUAGCCAGGACCUGAACACCAUCAACACCCUGAACACCCUGAACACCGAAGGGCCCCGAAAACCCACCCCAACACCCACCAUCAACAGAGACACCAAACCUCUGACUGCCACCACCUAUGCUAAAGUGGAGGUUGCUCGUCCGUCUGCCGCUAAGAUCCGGAACAUGAACCCGGUUUUUGGGGGUUUGGGUCCAUGCUUGACCGGCCUGCGUAACCUGGGCAACACCUGCUACAUGAACUCCAUCCUGCAGUGUCUGUGUAACAGUCCACUCAUGGGCGAAUACUUCAAUCGAAACUUGUACCAGAAUGACAUUAACAGGGCAAAUAUUCUGGGCCAUAAGGGUGAGGUGGCAGAGGAGUUUGGUGUGAUAAUGAAGGCUGUGUGGUCAGGGCAGUUUAAGUUCAUCAGCCCCAGAGACUUUAAAAACACCAUCGGCAAAAUUAACGAGCAGUUCUCCGGCUACGAGCAGCAGGACUCUCAGGAGCUGCUCCUGUUCCUGAUGGACGGCCUGCACGAGGAUCUCAACAAGGCGGAUAACCGUAAGCGCUGUAAGGAGGAGGUGAUCGAUCACCUGGAUGACGUUAGCGCAGCUGAACUGGCGUGGAGUAAACACAAGCUGCUGAACGAGUCCAUCAUCGUGGCCCUGUUUCAGGGUCAGUUCAAGUCCAGCCUCCAGUGCCUCAGCUGCCACCGCAAAAGCCGCACGUUUGAAACCUUCAUGUACCUGUCCCUGCCUCUGGCUUCCAGCAACAAGUGCUCACUGCAGGACUGUCUGAAGCUGUUCUCUAAGGAGGAGAAACUGACGGACAAUAAUAAGGUCUACUGUCCACACUGCAAAGGCCAUCGCGAAUUCACCAAGAAGCUGGAAAUCUGGAAGGUUCCACCCAUCCUGCUCGUACACUUAAAGCGGUUCUGGUAUGAAGGACGCUGGAAACAGAAGCUCCAGACCUCAGUGGAUUUUCCUCUAGAGAACCUGGACCUGUCUCAGUACGUCAUCGGCCCCAAAAACAACCUGAAGAGAUACAACCUGUACGCCGUCUCUAAUCACUAUGGUGGUCUUGAUGGUGGUCACUACACGGCGUACUGUAAGAACCCAACAAGGCAGCACUGGUUCAAGUUUGAUGACCACGAGGUGUCAGAGAUCUCCACCUCCUCCGUCAAAUCCUCUGCUGCGUACAUCUUCUUCUACUCCUCCCUCUGAGAGCGUCGCCGUGGCGACCAGGUGUGGUUCACCUACGUUUGCGGAGCUGCUGUGGGCGGAGCUUAAAGCUUAAAGCCCCUCAGUAAUGAUGAGGAGCUGACGAUGAGUUUCGCCGAGAACGAAGAUGCAAAAGCUCACACCCAUCUAUAAUCUCUACUAUCUCUCUAUCCUCUCUGUCUCUCUCUCGCUCUCUCUCAGUUAAACUGAAGUUAAACUGUUAAUCUGUUUUUAUUCCUGACAGCAGGAGGGGGCGGAGCUCUCUCACUGCUUCUGUCUUUGGACACUAACAGCAGGUGGGACGCAGCCGUGUGUGUGGUCAGGUCUGGUCCAGUAUGGAUCUGGAACCUUUAGACCACUUAAAUUCAGAUUCUGUUUGUGACAGUGUGACCUCCACAGCCAGACCAAAUAUAUCUAGACCCAUCUGUUCUGGAGUUCUGAUUUGGUAUUUUUAGAGAUCAAAUUCAGUUCUGGAGUUCUGAUUGUUUUGUUUUUUUUUAAGAGAUCUGAUUAGGUUGCGGAGCUCUGAUUGGAUUUUAGACCUCUUACUAGAUCUCUGGUUGGAUUUCUAGUGUUCUGGUUGGAGUUGUGGAGCUUUAGUUGGGUUUCUAAAUAUCUGACUGGAUUUUAGAGCUCUGGUCUGGUUUCUGGAUCUCUGGUGUUCUGGUUGGAGUUGUGGAGCUUUAGUUGGGUUUCUAAAUAUCUGACUGGAUUUUAGAGCUCUGGUCAGGUUUCUGGAGCUCUGACUGGAUUUUAGAGCUCUGGUCUGGUUUCUGGAUCUCUGGUGUUCUGGUUGGAGUUGUGGAGCUUUAGUUGGGUUUCUAAAUAUCUGACUGGAUUUUAGAGCUCUGGUCUGGUUUCUGGAGCUCUGACUGGAUUUUAGAGCUCUGGUCAGGUUUCUGGAACUCUGACUGGAUUUUAGAGCUCUGGUCAGGUUUCUGGAGGUGUAGUUGGGUUUCUAGAAACAUGAUUGGAUUUUUGAAAUCUGACUGGGGUCCCUGAUAUCUAGGUAGGUUCAGGAGGUUCAUGGAUCAGGCCUGGUUUGCUUUGGUCUGGCUGUGUGAGACGGGCUGAAAGCCUUUAUGUCGUUUCCGACCUGCCGCGCUUCACCUUCCACUAAAAAUCACAGUAGGGGGAUAAAAACAUCUACAUGCAGCUCUUGCACACUGAAAAUGUACAUAUAGCUUAUGGAGACGUUUUUAUUUAUUUUUAAAGUGACCAAAUCUUUCCUGAGAGAUGCAGAGUGUCUCUGUGGGUUACAGCAGAAACCCGGAGAGUGGAGCGUCCCAAGUCCGGACUGGACCGGAAGAAAGAAGCCUGUUUAAUUCAGAUUAAUCCAUUAUCGUUUUCAUGUAUUCUGAGCCAUUAAUCUCAUUUUAUUCUUUCGAUUGACAUGGCGAGUGUUUGGCGCUGUGUUAUUUGAGCAUAUAGUUCGAUAUCGCAUUGUAUUACCAAAUUAAGCUGUCCUCUGAUGUGCGAUUCAAACCGCAGUCAGGCUCAUACUGCUUGAUGUUCUAUCCUAAUGCAGUUCUAACUCACGUACACCACAAUUACAGUUAAACUUGCAGUAAAAGUCCAACUAUAACAUGUUAACAUGCUACCGCAGCUAUGCAAACCUCCUGGCCACAGUGAUUCCUGGCCUUUCAGCGUAGCUGGACAGUUUAUACUUAAAACUAGAGAUUCGCUUAGCGGGGGUGAGUAGUGUAGGUCCUUACCGACCCCCAGUAUCAUCUUACAAUGUACACAAGUUUCAGUUUUCCCCAGAUGUAGACGUGUUUGGUGUCUGCAGUUUGCUUCUUUAGUUUUAGCGCUGGAGCUACGAGGCUAAUGGAGCUAACAGGUAAUAGAAGCUUAGAAUUAGCAUUGUGCUAACUACAUUCUCUUACUUGUCAGCUACAUUAGCUUCAUAGCUCCAGUUAGCUAGUUUAUUUAAGGUUACUUAACUCAUAAUGUGUGGUAAUUUAGGCAUGCAGUUAGCACCAUGCUAAUUGGCGAUACUACUAAGCUUUUAUUGCUUGUUAGCUACAUUAGUCUUAUAGCUCCAGUGCUAAAACUAAAGAAGCAAACUUUAGACACCAAACAUGCCUUAUAUGAGCAAAUACAUCGAUUAUUAGGGUGAUGGGGGUAUUUUUUUUCCAAUCAUCGCUUUUCUAACACAAACUGCCUUUCAUUGACAGCUCUGUGGGUUUACUAACCUCAGUAAACACCCCCCCAUUGCAGCAUGACGCCCAGCAUGAGCUGAGAGAAACUGAUUCUGUUUGAGACAUAAUUCAAUAUUGUUUUCUCCACUGUCAUGGGCUGUAUACUCACACGAUUAAAUAUGUAGUUACCCAGCUGUGAAAAAUAAAGCAAAUUAAGCAGUGA